AUAUGGUUCGUUGUGUAUAUGUACAUUUGUAUGUAUGUAUAUACAUGCAUAAAAAUUUUCGAGUAUCGGUCAUAGGCUUUACCUUUUAAUAAAUACAUACAUAUGUACAUAUGUAAGCAUACUUGCGAUUUUCACAACCUAAUUCAUGUAUUCUGUUUUUGUUAUUGUUGAAUUAUUAUUGUUUUCCUGUAUUUUUAAUUAUUAUAGCACAACACCAGCCACAACUACUCAUCUGCAUUUAUGCUUUUCUCUUCGCCCUUCUUUCGAAUAGCAAUCAGUCAACGGCCACAAUGCUGGUUGGUUAGUCGCUUUCGUCUACGCUCGGUCGCUGCUCUCUCAACAAAUACAAUGUUCUACUAGAGUUGUUUUGUUAUGUUUCAUAUUAUUGUUGUUUCUCUUAAAAUUCCCCCGCACAUACACACACCUCAAGGAAACAUUGGUUUAUUUUCAUUCAUUUCUGUAAACAACACUUCGUCAUCCCUUGGCCGUUGUCUCUGGCGCUGCGUUGCGUCACUGUGAGAGCUGCGACGUUAGCAGUUGUUCAGAUACGCAACCGCAUUCCUCUUACGUCUCGUGCUUCUAUCGUUCAUUUUCCUUGUUUACUUACUGUAGAUUUGUACAUACAUUAUUUUGUUUUGCUCCGCGUGCGUUGGACUACGCUGUGCUGCCCCGCGCUACGCCGAAGUAAAACGAACUGAGCGCAGAACAACUCAGCAGUUGAGAAAUUUCAUUUCAUUGCAGAGCGUUUUAGUCGUUUAUCGAUUUCGCAAGGUUUAGAAGUGUUUUACAACAAUAAUUUACGGAAAAUAGUGUAUGGAUAGAAGAAAAACUUUUCGAAAAAAUACCAAAAACAGAAGUGAUACAGCAAUAAAUAUAUUAACUCGGUUGCUUAGAAAAAGGUUGUAAGAUCGGUGUACGUGUGCUUAGAGUUUCUUAGUGCUGCCAGUGUUGGAUAAUUCAUCAGAAAAUAUACUUAAGUAUCUAUUUAAUGAGUGCUAAUUUUCUACGUUGAAUAUUUGAAGGAAGGAUUCAUCACUAUGAAAGUAUUAAAAUAUUUAUAUUACAUAUGAGUAUUAACAGCUUGAUUUGCAGAGCCUUUUUCAGCUGCCAGCUAGAUCAGAAUAUGCACGCAUUUUGGUUUAACUAAACGAAAUGAAUCCAAAAAAUAAAUAUCAAAUGAUGGCUAGAAAAAUGAAGUCUUGCAUCUUCAAAAACAUUCCUUGACUAAAAAAUUUAUUGCGUACAACAGAUUUCGAGUGUUAGAUCAAUUAAGCGAUUUCAGAGAGACUAUCUUUAUAUUAUAAAAGCGCGAAAUAAAUCACCAACAUUCCCAAUCCCCGCCAGAACUUUUCAUUACACAUUGUUUAUGCAGCAGGCGCCAAUCAAUUUCAGCCCUGUCGCGCAGCCGCAAAUGCAAAUCGGCAUAAAAAUCAUGGAAUGGACCAAUGACGACGCUCUGGAACUGAUUGAACAAUAUCGAAUUCAUACGGAAUUAUGGAAUCGUGCCGAUCCCAAAUAUAAAGAUAAAUUAUGCCGCUUUCGAGCAUGGUCAGAGAUAGCGGAGCGUUUUGGAUGCAGCAAAGCUGAAGUAGAACGAAAAAUGAAUGUACUGCUCACGCAAUAUCGACGCGAAAAACAUAAAAUGCUUGUCAAACUAUACCAGGGAAUCCAUCCGAACCCGUCCAAGUGGUAUGCCUUCAAAAGAUUCGAUUUUAUGGAGGCGGGUGGCGGCGGUAGUAGCAGUGGUUCAUCCAGCAGGUCGGGCACAAAUGGUCAAGGAGUAGCAAGUACGACAGCAGUGACGGGCGCAACGAAUAUAAACGGCCUUGCUUCGUAUGAGGCCUCAACAACAGCUACACAGCUAACUUCAAGUGCGGGCAGUGUUGUUUCAGCAGCGACCGUCAAUGCCACGCCGAGCACUUCCCACCAUCGGCGGUUGAAGAAAGAGAUGAAGUACUUUGGUGCGAUGGGCAUAAGCCUACCGAUGCUUAUUGCCAAUAGUACAUCAUUAGAUACCUGGAAUACCGUUGGCCAAUAUUCCCCACCCAUAAGCAGUGAUCGACACCAGUUACGUGUUCCUUUACCUUUCUCUGGCCCGCACAGUGAAAUUAACGUAGCGAGUAGUGCAACACGCAGCCUUUUUGGUGGUAGUAGUAACAGCGAUAUGACCGCCAGCCCUCAAAAACCUAUGGAAACAUCUGAUGUUGAAGAGAAAGACGAAAUGUUGACGAAACAUGAACGCUCAACGCCGUCCAGUAUACACAACGUAAGUGGAAGUUGCGACGGCGAACCACAAGGUAAUGCAGCUGGGAAUGUUGUAAUGACAAGUAGAUGCAGCGGAAUUAUCGGACAUGUAACAGGUAUGACGGGGCCUAUUAUUGACACAAUCGAAGGUGGUUCUAGCCCUAUUCCAAAUACAAAUAACACAGAAGCACACGAGAAACGCCGCCGUACUACACGGGAUCACGAUGAUUUGGACAUAAAACGGGAAUUAGUGGAUUACUUUCAUCCGCCUCAACCCCCAGCACCGCCUGACUCUCAUCGAUCAUAUAGUUCCACAGAGGAGAAUCGACUUAGUGGUGUUGAUGCUGAUGAUUUUGCUCAAGACUUGCGCGUUAGCGCCGCUGCUGCUGCUGCCGCUAAGAGUUUAGACUUUAGUCAAUUUGUGUUACCGAGGAGUCUUCGCCACUCUACCGAAUCGAUUGACGAGAAAUUUGCUCCACUUAAUAUGCGGAAAUUUAAUUCUACUUCGACGUCGGCGACAACCGCUGGUCAAAUGCUAAUGAAUUCGUUAUUAUCUAAUGAAAGCUUAUCGGAGGAAACUAGCUCAAAUGGGCGCUUAAAAAACUCAUCCCAGGAGACAGCAUCUACAUCUGCAGCAGCUGCCGCAGCUGCAAUUUACGCUGAAAGCCUAAACAAAGACGACUGCGAUUUUAUAGGUUCCAAUGUUACGCUGAAACUUCGAUCGAUGGACCGUACCCAAAGAAUCAUAGCGGAGAAAUUGAUAAGCGAAGUACUUUUCUAUGGUCAAUUCAAUGAGCUUGAACGAAGCGCUCAUAUCCAACCUAAGUGAACGCUGCAGUCAGAGCUCAGUAAAGGUUUCUAAAUGCAACAAAGCACACACAAAUACAGAUAGAUGAGAAGUAUUUCAUGUAACUUUCCUAGUAUGAGCCAACAGUAGUAAUUUUCAAAUAAAACCAAAAUAAGAAAAAAGUGGCGGCUUUUGGCUUAAGACUCACUUAUUUCAAUACUCGAAUAAUUUGCAACAUAUGUAUAAAUGAAUUUUAAAAUCAUUAAUUUCAAUGUUAUUCUGUAAAGUACAAAGUCAAACAUAAUUUUUUAUACCCUUGCACUAAAUUCAUCUACUUUUUUACUUAAUAUCCCUAUAACUAAAUAUUCAAUAUUCACUCGAAACCAAUGCUGCAUCGUAACGAAGAAAUUGACGUUAAUAAAAAAAUGUCUAUCGUUUCGGUUGAAAUAUUAACGCAUAUGUUAAACAUUAAAAAUGAAGUGUGCUGUUGAAUCAUAGCAAGCAGCCAUUUUCAAAUUAACGCCAACGAGGAGUUUGUGUGGUUUCAACGUUAAAGAUUUAUUACGUUUUGAUGACAUGGUGCCAAAACGAAACCAUUUCAUUGUCAGCGAAACAAAAUGUUAUAGUUGCAUUUGUUGAGCAUCUCAGUUCUAAACUAUUCCUACAAUGAUAUUCUCAUAAACUUUUUCACAUUAGGGGAUUAAAUAAACCGGUACAUUUUGAGUUAAUGAAGCCAUCAACUUUAAAUUUAAAACCUAUUUUUCAAGGAUUUAGUGAAUUUUACUCAACCGAUAUUGAUUUCAGCAAGCAUUCAACACUAAAUGGUUGCUAAUAAAUUCAUUUUGAAACUUGUUUUAAUUUCCAUGAUGAGUAAAAAUUCGUUGAACAACAGCUUAAUAUUGGAAUAGCGUUCAAGCAUAUACAUAUAUAUGUAUGUGUGGGUAUGUGUACAAUGUUUAUAGGAAAUAGCUGUAAAAGUAAUACGCUUUAGUUAUCUAUUUAUGUAAAUAACUAUCCAGCAAACCGAAAACAAAUCAACUUUAAUUAUAGAAGUUUGAUAUAUUAUAAUAAAAUGUGUUUAUGACUUUGUAGUUAAAAGGACAAAAAGCAACCUUACUAAGCUUGAAUAAAAUGGUACCGCUGUGUCCAGAAUACUUCAAUAGCGCUAGCGCUUACAAUUACAUUGGAAAUGUAUAUACAUACAUAAAGAAUACCAAUAACUAAGCUAUACAUUUUCUAAAAGGAAUUUUUAUAAGCAAUUUUUGCAUAUAAGUACGGGUUUCCUAUUAUAUUUUGUUUUUAAAACCUUAAGGAAGCAAAGAAGACUAACCGUUAAAAAUUUCUAGUCAUUUAAACUUUCAACGAGAGUGUCAACCCAUUAGGCAGUUAAACGAAACUUUUUUUACUACAAAGUAUGUCGACAUUUGAAGUAAUAAAUCCGAGCAUUUAUGUACUCUCUACUAUAUUCACGUGAGAAUAUCCAGUUACAUUGAACACAGUCAACGAAAAGGAGCAGAAUCUAUUGAAAUGAAUUCAAAGAAUUAUGUACCUCGCUUAUUUGUCAGUCGUCUUUUAAUUAUACGAGUUUAUCUUUACCUUAAACAAAUAUUAUAUAUACAUGUAAUUAUAAUUAAGGAUACCACAAUGGUCAAAAAUUCAUAUACAUAUACACAAUUAAAAGAAUUGACUUUUUUGAUAAUUAUGGUUUUGUAUGUGCGUUUAUGUUUUUUUUUAAUAAGUAUAUAUUUUUUAGAGAAUAUACACUACGAUAAACAACUUUUACAAUAAAAUUGCAAAUAUUUCAAAGCCGGAGAUAUAAAACUAUAUACAGUCACAUACACGGUCAGACACAUGUAAAUUUGUAUAUACCAAACCGUAUGCUGGCGUUUAUGUGUGGCUAUAUUUUAGUGCUAUAAUACGUACAAAAAACUCAAGAAUAAACUAUUCGUAAAUGUAUGUAAUCGCGUGAACGUUGUUGUGCAUUUACAUAAUACAAAACUAGUGUUAUGAUCAAUAUACAUAUGUAUGUUACAAAAAGAAUAAGCUGUUUGCUGUGUACAAGAGAUAUUUAAAUUUAAAAUUGAUAAAUUGUGAACAUUUUCGGACAAAAUGAAUUAUCUGAUAUGCAUGUAUGUUGCUACGGAUGUUGUAGCAGAAAAGACGCUGAAUCCUUUGUUCCAUAUCCAUGAAUGUAGGUACAUAUGUAUAUUCGGAAUUCAUGAAUGAAAUGCAUAAAUGUCUACAAAUAUAUAUAAAUAUAUUUAUGUAUGUACGAGUAUAUCAAUUUUUGUGAAAUAAUUUUGCAUUGACGGUAAAGUAAGAGUAAAACUGUAAAAAUUGUAAAAAUUAAAAAACUAAUUAUAUUGUACCUUAUUUACAUUAAUACAUAAAUAUUAUUUGUAAGUUUUUAGAUUUAUUUGAAAUAUAUGUAAUACGUAAGUAUUAGUUAGAAAGAUUUUUAGAUAUAAAUAUUUAGGUUUUGCAAAACUUAUUAUAACUAAA